AGUUUUCUUUUUUACUUACAUUGAUCAACAACCGAAGUGCAAUGUUUAAGCGUACGAACAGAUAAACAUUCAAUCAACACUCGACCCAUACGCGCGUUUAAACCAGCAAUAAACACGACUGAAUUCCAUAAGAAAACAAUAAAUAAUAAAAAAGAAAAAUAGCAAAAAUAUUAUCGUGAAACGACAGAGCGAACCAAAAGAAAAAAAAUGUUUUCAAGCUGUUGCGGUUGUACGAAUAAAAAAUCGAAUAAGAAAGCACUCAAUGAUGAAAAUACCGAUUCAAACGAUGAAAGCCCAGCUAAUAUUGAUAAGGAUAAUGUGGAAAAUCGAACAGAUGAUUGUGUGGAAAUUCUACUGAAAGACAGAGAAGUUGAAACGACGGCGAAAGAGGUAAUAAUCAGUCAAGAGCCGACUAACGAGCGUGCGAUUUUACCGGUGGUGGAAGUGGAAACACAAAUUGCUGCAGAGAGUUUUAAUGAGAAAACGGAGUCAAAUGACGGUAAAAAUGAACUUCCGGAAUCGCCACAAAUCGAUAACAAUGACAAAACGGUCGACGUAUCCGAAGCGAAACAAAUCGAUUCCGAUCACUCGGAACAUUCCGAACGUGUGGACGCGAAACAUUCAGACUCUGAGGCAUCCGACGCAAAGGAAGUGGAUAGGGAACAAGAAUCGAAAUCACCGGACAGUAGAUGUUCGGAACAAAGCCAACCGAUACUGCCGCCACCGGCAUCGUAUCAAGCGUUAGAACAAUCAUCGGACAACAGUGACAGCAGCAAUAAUCGGACAAUUGAAUCUAGCCAAAAUAAUAGCUUUAGUGAUAACUCUCAAAUAGUGCCUAACACUGUCGACGAGCAGAUAAUAAUCAACGAUGACCAACCGGACGAUCAAUUGAGCGACCAUCAACCAGACGAGCAGUUGAAUGAAGAAAUUAACGAUCACAUAAGUGUUCCACCAGACGAAAAAGACCAAAACGAUAAUCUACCAUCGCCGCCGACGACUCCAUCGGACGACACAAUAUCGAGCGAACCACCGAAAAGUUGCUUGUCACGACGUUGUUCAUCGAAGUCGUCAAUUAAGAAGAAAGUGAAUUACAGCGACAGCAAAGAGUAUAUACCAAUGGUGACCGACGACGAUGAGGUGUUUUCGGAUUCAAUUUCACCGCAAUUGCCGCGAGGCGAUAUGUGUACACCGUAUCCGAAGAAGAAGGGAUCGAUUCCUGGGAUGACUUUUCCAUCUGAUUGGUUUCCCGACGACAGUGAAGCGGAUGGUGUUCAUCGUGAACCACCUGUGACACCGAUUGGACGUGACGAAUUGGCGUUAAAAAGGCAUCGGUUCUUUGCCGAUUUACUGUCGGCAGCACAAGCAGCCGCAGAUCAUCGGGUUCGGUUUAAUCCGUUGGGACCGGAUGUCGCAUUUGACAAUUUUGAUUGUGACCCGAACCUAAAGCCAUCCACAACCGCUGAACUAGGUCAUCUUAUCGAUCGUUUGGAAAGAAUUAUCGAACGUCUUGAACGAACUGUAUCUGCCCGUGAAUUGGCAACGGUGAACGGAACAUUAAAUGCUGUGAUACAAAAAACUGAUUCGGAAGAAUUGGACAGUUUACCAUUACCAUUGCCACCAUCGACACCGAACUUUGAUUUACUCAUCGGGGAUAUUGCAGCCGAUAGUGUGAACGACAAUUUUCCAUUGUUGAACGGCAAGAAGAUUUCCAUCGAUCUUGAAAAUCUACCGACGGUUAUCAAUCAACUCAGUACCGACGAAUAUCUAACUCAAGACGAACCAGACUAUUCACCACCAACCAGUAUGAGUGUUUUGGGAUAUCAGGACAUUGUCAGUGGACCGCUGUUGGAAUACAUAAAUCUAUCGAAGAAAAUUGGCGGUGAUGUAGCCAAACAUGCCGAGUCUGUGGAAAGGGCUUUCAACGCACAACUGGCGUACGUAACUCUAGCGUCUACGUCAGCCCAACCAUCGCCGGCCGAUCAACAACAACUGCUUAAACCAACAUCCGAUCAAAUUACUAUAAUCCAGGAAUAUCGCGAAAAGAACCGAACAUCGCCAUUCUUCAAUCAUUUGUCAGCGAUUAGUGAGAGUAUUCCCGCUUUGGGAUGGGUCUGUGUGUCUCCAACACCUGGACCACACGUGAAGGAAAUGAACGACGCCGGUCAAUUCUACACGAACCGUGUGCUGAAAGAUUGGAAAGAGAAGGAUUCGACUCAUGUGGAAUGGGCUCGUUCGUGGAUUCAAACAUUGACUGAAUUACAGAAAUACAUACGACAGUAUCAUACAACCGGUUUGGUUUGGUCUGGCAAAACUGUUGCUAGUGCUGGCGGUUGCCCACCGCCUCCACCACCUGGUAUGCCACCACCACCACCAGUUCUUCCAGACUUAGGCAGUUUGGCUGUUGGCUCAGGUGAUGAUCGAAGUGCAUUGUUUGCACAGAUCAAUCAGGGAGCUGACAUAACGAAAGGUCUAAAGAAAGUCACGUCCGAUAUGCAAACACAUAAGAACACAACUUUACGUUCUGGACCAGCUCCAUUCAAAGCACCAGUUUCUCUACCAUCACCUGGUAACAAAGCUCCUGCUCCAGCUGCCGCCAAGCCUCCAGUAUUCACAAGGGAUGGAAAGAAAUGGCUGAUUGAAUACCAGAAAAACAAUCCAAAUUUGCUGGUGGAAAAUGCCGAAAUGAACAACAUGGUCUAUCUAUUCAAAUGCGAAGGAUCGACUGUGACUGUUAAGGGGAAAAUUAACGGAAUCAUCUUGGACUCGUGCAGAAAAUGUUCCGUGCUAUUAGAUUCCGUUGUGUCGUCCGUGGAAUUUGUCAACUGUCAAAGCGUACAGAUGCAAGUUCUAGGUAAUGUACCGACAAUUUCGAUUGACAAAACGGACGGUUGCCAAAUGUAUUUGUCCGACAAGUCGUUGGACGUUGAAAUCGUGUCGUCUAAAUCAUCCGAAAUGAAUGUUCUAAUUCCAAAAGGAAAUGGAGAUUAUACCGAGAAACCGAUUCCAGAACAAUUUAAAACGAAAAUCAACGGUGACUCAUUGACCACCAUUUGUGUAGAAAGUCUUGGCUAGAUAAAAUAAUUUUUCAUUUUUGAUAAUAAUCGUCGUGAAUCACUAAUAAUGCGAUUUAAGUAAGCAAAAAGAAUUAUUUUCCGUUCUCUCUUAUCCAUACAACCAGAACCAGUACAGCAUAUAUGAUGAUAACCUUACUUUUCUUUCCCUCCUCCCCGCUCCCAUCGACUUCCUAUUAUAACAAAAAUUCAUAUUAUCUCCGAUCCCUUGUGUUCCGAUGUGAAUCCGCUUCGGUCAUGGUUAUAAUAACUAAUUAUAUCAAAUUAUAUACAAUUCAUUUCGAUAAGAAAUAAAAGUAAAUGACUCGAGAAUUUCAUAAA